AUGGCUCCUCAAAAAACACGCCAUAAUACACGAAAGCCUCGACUUUUCCAAUGCACAGGUUAUGGUGAUUGCCAUAUGGUAUUCACUCGAAGCGAGCAUUUGGCCAGGCAUGCUCGAAAGCACACAGGAGAGAAACCAUUCAAGUGCAUAAUGCCGGAUUGCAACAAGAUGUUCAGCCGCUUUGAUAACAUGAUGCAACACACACAAACACAUCGAUCGAGCUCAUCUCCUAAUAACAUGGGCAAUACCUAUCAACGAUCUCAACGACGACGACGUACUCGUAUCAGCAGCAUUGAUACCACCAUGAGUACAAGUAGUAGUAGCAGCAGCAGCAAUGACAGCAUCGACUCAGCAACAGCAUCAUCCCCUUCACAACCUGAAGAUCGUGAUAAACGGCGUCGUCUUUCGAUAGCAGAGCUAUGCAAUCCAUCAUCCAGCUCACCUUCUUGGCCAAUGUCACCCACAACACCAACCGAUGAUAUCCAUCAUUCUCCUCCUUCUCAACAUGAUAACAAGAUCAAGCUAACAGCAGAUGAGAUGGAAGCAUUGCAAGCAUUGGGACGCCUUCACACGACCAAUGAUUUUUUCGAAUCACUCCAUGAUAUGAUUACUGUGGGGCCAAGUGGAAAUGCAUGUGCUUGUCUCUAA